AUGGCUACCACUCUUCCGUUCCGACCAUCCGACGAUGCUGCACAUUCAUUUCCUUCCGUAUUGAAUCCCUCGAAGUCCAAUGGACUGCCCCGAUUGUCUCCAUCCCCAUCGGUCAUCAAGAACAGAUCUCCCAGCAGCUCAAGAUCUUUGCGUCGGCCCUCCGGAGAUCAUCUCGCUGCUCCUCGUGCCUCCAGACCCCGACGAUGCAAGUCACAAUACCCUUUAGACUCAUCGGAGCGCCAUGUCGAGUACAUCCUUGUCGCGUCUUUCCACAUUGACCGGGGUCCGAUCAUGGAACAUCAGUACCCGGCGCCCAUUAGCGGAGAUGAGAGCAUGCUCGCGGAAUUGAUGCUGCCAGACCAGACACAUGUACGGAGCCAGGACUGGACCAUUUUUUUCUUACACAAAGACACCAGUGCGGAGGGGGAGGAUGAGGACUCAACGACAGCAAAGAAAAAACGGCGGAAGAGGGCAAGGGCAGAGCAGAACCCAAACGAUGAGAGCCAGGACGAAGAUACUGAUGCUCUCACGGAAGAGAGCAGCGACGAGGAAGACGAUGGUGGUGAGGGGCCACCGUUGAUGUACGUGCUUAAUCUUCCCUUGCUAUUACUGGCGCUGGAGGACUAUUUCAAGUCGCCGUACCCCGAGACUCUAGCGACGCUGUACAACGCCGUCAAUGAGAUGGAUCUGUCAUUGAUGCCCAAGCUUUCGCUCCUAGAACGACAGAUUCUGCAGGCUAGUAAUGCGAAGGACAUGUUCAUCGAAAAAUUCGAGCAGAUGAUCCAGCAGCGACUGAUCGAGGAGGGAGAGCCUGUGGAAGAUUCCCCACCAUCACCCAAAAAGCCCGCCCCUCGGUAUGCGCUUCCCCGCGACACCCACGAGUUCGAAUCGCGAGUCAUUUACAAUGACAUUCCCAUCCCUGUCAAAGUGCCAACUGUUAUAUGGCCUGAGAUUGUGGGAGACUUCUCUCUCAUCAAGCUCAUCCAGACGUUCUCUACUGUUCAUGCCACAGCGCCUCAGGCCUUUCCGCUUCACCCGCACUUGACCACCAACGGUUCCUAUACGCACCCGAUCAUCGUUCUUGUCAACGCCAUGCUCACCCAGAAACGGGUGAUCUUCUUGGGCCACAAUCGGCCCUCGGGCGAAGUAGCAGAGGCAGUUCUGGCUGCGUGCGCUCUUGCAUCCGGUGGGAUCUUGCGUGGCUUCACGAGGCAUGCCUUUCCCUAUACCGACUUGACGAAGAUCGAUGAUCUGCUGAAAGUUCCUGGGUUUAUCGCUGGAGUAACUAAUCCCACGUUCGCAAAUCAUCCCGAAUGGUGGGACCUCCUGUGCGACCUUCCCACCGGCAGGAUGAAAAUCAGCAGCCACAUCGAGCCCGCCCCGGUUACGGAGGGUCUACUGUAUUUUCAACAGAGCUCUUUCCUCCAAAACUACACGCCGAGUGCCCAUCCGGAUCCCACCGGCGACAACGCCUUCAUGGAAGACGUUCAACGGAGUAUCACGAACCGUCACGGAGAGAAUGCGAUUCGUGCAAAAUGGCGCGCAUACAUUACCAAAUUUACGCGCGUCGCGGCUGCGUUUGAGGAGACCGUGUACGGAGCGUCGAAUCUCUACAUCAUCGGGCCGAACGAGGAGCUAUCUCCGGAGAGCCCGAGUGGCGUCCAAGCCGACCCCCUGGACCCCACAACGCUACGUGGCCAUGGCUAUGUGUGGCCCGACGAGGCAACGAAGCAGCGAGAAUUGAUCGCCUCUGUGUCGCGAAUCGAAGGCUGGCGCACGACACGGUCCUACUACUCGUUUAUACAGGACAUCGCGGCCAUGUACUACCCCGCAAGACCAAUCCAGAAACCUGACCUGCACCAUCACCAUGAUCGACUGCGCACUUUGCGGCUAUCUCAUGCUGACGCUGGAGCUAUUUACCUUGCCUUUUCCAAAGCUGUCAAGGACUACGCAGGCAUAUGCCAGCUGCUGACGGUGACGCCAGAAAGCCAAGCCGGGCUGUUCUACAUCAGCAUGGGUCUUUUCCAUCCUGAUCAAACGGUUCGUGAAGCAACCGCCGAUCUUCUAGAUCGAAUAGCUGCUCACCCCGCCGGCCGACACUUCUGGGCCCAACUUAGCCGCUUCAAUAAACUGGCAUACUUCCGAGUCCGACGCGAGAGGGAUGCAGCGCAAAGUCCUGUAUCAGGGACAGGGUCGAGCCCGGGGGCGCCGCAAUCUCUCAUUGGAAUUGCCACCGGCAACGCCUCAAGGCGAAGCUGA